GCCGGGGGACGGGGCCCUGCUGACAUUGGGGCCGCGCUCCCGGGACAACUCUCCUUAUGCCCCGCUCUCGUUAAAGUUUUUUGCUACUUUUGCUCCUCCCCUGCCCCUGCUCUCCUCGUGGCGUUCAGGCACUGUUUUAGACGCUGCUGCCCGCAAGAGAACAAAAUAAUAGACGAACACAAAAGAUGGAGAGAGAGCCUGCCCCGCCGCCCGCCCAGCAGCCCGGCCCUCUCUGCGCAGGUCGCUCCGCCCCGACAGGGUGAGGCCAGCGGCGGCACCGAGAUGGGCCGGGCGGCAGUAGCUGGGUGGAGAAAAUCGAGAGCCGGGAGCCUCCGCCGCAUCCUCGCAGGUGGAGGCGGCCUGGGCGACAGCGCGGGAGCCUCUGGGCCGGGGCCGCGCCGGGGCCGGGCCCGGGCGUUCCCAGGGGCCGGGGGCGGCGCGGGCAGCGAGGGGCGGCUGCGGCGCCGUGCGGGGCGCGGCGGCCCGGGCACGGCGCGGCGGGCGGCGGGCCCGCUGGCCGAUGAGCUGGCCAACGCCGCCGCCCGCGGGGACCUGCAGCGCCUCAGCGAGCUGCUGGACGGAGCGGCCGACCCCAACGCCGCCAACUCCUACGGCAGGACCCCCAUCCAGGUGAUGAUGCUGGGCAGCCCGCGGGUGGCCGAGCUGCUGCUGCGGCACGGAGCCGACCCCAACCGCGCCGACCCGCGCACCGGCUGCCUCCCGGCGCACGAUGCGGCCCGCGCCGGCUUUCUGGAGACGCUGGCGGCGCUGCACCGCGCCGGGGCGCGCCUCGACCUCCGCGACGGCCGCGGCCGCCUGCCCCUCGACGUGGCGGCGGGGGGCCCGCACGGGGCCGUGGGGCGCUACCUGCGCGACCCUCCGCCCUGUGCCUAGCCCCUCCCCAGACUUACUGCCCGCGCCCAGUCGGGAGGCACCAAGUGGAGCAGUACUCAUGCGAUGCUGUGCAUAACCCCGGAUCGCGUUUCCCUGAUGGAUGCACAAAGGACAAUAUUCUUUGCUCAUGGCCAUAUAUUAUCCUGCACUGGAAAUGCUACGGCGCUCAGCAAGCCCCCUUUUUCACACAAGAGUCCAAACACUGAAGAGAAAUAUGAAAUAUGAAGUAGGAAGUACGAAAUAUGAAGUAAGAAAAUACUAAAUGUGAAAAUAUUAAAUAGCCAGUAUUGAAUAUUAAAUAUUAAGGGAAAUGCCCGCACAGAGGUAUGGUACUAUAAACCCUUCCUCUGUUUUGAUGGGGCCGCAUCUGGACUUUCUGCUCCGGCUUGCUAGCUCUCCAUCUGAAAAAGAUAGGAGACGUUUCAGAGUCCCCCUGUUUCAGACAGCCCCCUGUUUGAUUUAGGUUAAAGCGAUCUGAAGGGGUGCUGAAGCCUAUCCGCCUUUCUCCGGCAAAACCGGCUGGACAGCAGGAUCAGUGCUUCCUGGUGUGAUUGCAGCUUUGGUAAAUACCUCAUUAGAACCACGUAGGAUCCUGCGCAUGUCUGUACACGUACUGACAGCUACACAUUCGUAGCUUUCCUUGUGUAGGCUGCAACUAUAGGAGCUGGAAGGAGAAAAUAAAUAGAAAUUUGUAUCUCUGCAA